UGGCUGCCACCUCAUCGUGAAUAUCGUGAUGCUGUGGAUGUUAUGUGAGCGUAAAAAUUGUUUCUUGACGCGGAGCAACAUCUCUUUUCAGAGUGAUUGUUGAGCAAAAUGAGCAAAAUGAUCCAAGCUCAUUUAAAGGCCUUUCUGGGAAUCCUGCUAGUCGCCCAGGUUCACGGCAUCAUGUUCUUCCUGGAACCCAACAGUCACAAGUGUUUAAAGGAGGAGGUCCACGCGAAUGUACUUGUCACAGGCGAGUACGAAGUAUCCGAGGCGAUGGGUCAGAAGGCGAAUUAUGUGAUUCAAGACUCCAAAGGACAUAUAUUGUCUCAAAAGGAGGAUAUUCCCCAUGGAAAGUUGUUGAAAUUCUCUUUUGUAACAGAAACCUAUGAUACUUUUGAGAUAUGCUUCAUUUCACGUGUUCCAAAUCAUCAGCGUGGUAUCAGGCAAGAAGUUACACUAAUUGUAAAACGUGGCAUUGAAGCAAAGAGUUAUGAAGGCUUGAUCGGUGAAGCAGCUAAGUUGAAACCAGUAGAAGUAGAAUUGAAACGGUUGGAAGAUUUGUCUGAGGCGAUAGUGCAAGACUUUGCUAGAAUGCGCAAGAACGAAGAAGAAAUGAGAGACACAAAUGAGGCUACAAAUACCCGAGUGUUAUAUUUCAGUUUAUUCUCGUUAUGUAUCCUCUUCGGUUUAUCCAUCUGGCAAAUCUUCUACUUCCGACGCUUCUUUAGGAUGAAGAAACUCAUUGAAUAAAUAUGUCUGUGACAAAUAA